UCCAACUCCAAAGCUGCUUCCCAAAGCAAACGCAAAAGUGCUACAAGCCCUUGAAAGUUGGACUCAAACAAGCAUCUUAACUGCAUCGUCUUCUGCACCCUGCUGUUGUAUCUCUCUCUCUCUUUUCCAGUGGCAGACCCAAGCCCUCUCUUGCCGAUAAAGCAUAUUAUUCAAUCAGUUCUAAACUAAGCAAAGAAUGGAAACACAAAAGAGUCAAUCUGAGAAACAAGCACCACCUGCUGCUACUGCCCAAGUGAUGACUUCAUGUAGGAAGAAGAAGAAUGAAGAGGCCACCUUCCUUGAAGACUUGAAGGAUCACAUUGAUGAGUUUGUUAAUGCAUCGAUGGAUGAGCACAAAACUUGCUUUAAGAAGACCAUCCAGAAGAUGUUUGGAAUGUCGAAAGUUGUAGCAGAAAGGAGUGCUGCAUCUAAGGAAGUUGAAAGUGUUCUGCCCCUUCGAACAACGGUAUCAAAAUAGAGUAUCUUCUUACCUUUUUAAUAGCGUGACAUUUAUAUAUAGAACCACAUAUUUGCAAGGUGGCAAUAAAUUAUCAAGGACUGUUUAUCAUU